UCGUGCGGCAGAAGUUUCUGGUGACAGCUCGGCGCUCUGGUGCGCGGUCGGGCGGUGAGCGGAGCCGGAGCCCGAGCUGGGCGGUGCGGGGUUACCGGGCAGGAGGUUGGGGCGGACCGGCGAGUGCUCUGUCCCCCUCCCCCGGUCCUCCUUGUGAACCGCGUACUAAAACCAUCGCUCAUUUACCCGUGCGCGCGCCCGUGUAAUAAUUUUCUAGAAGGUUCUGGAAUAGUUUGAUGGUUCUUUCCAGGAAGUUGAUUCUUUCCCCGCAGCCUACGGCGCCGAGCGAGGAGGGAUGGAGGCCAGGGAGCCCCGGGAGUGUGCAGCGGCAGCUGGCGGCUCUCCCCCUCGGACCGCCACCGACCACAGGGACAGCGGCAGGGAGGAUGGUGACUUCAAACAGGAAAGCAUUGUUGGAGGUAAUGAAGUGAAGAGUACAGCAGUGGUAAAAUAUUCUGCUGUCCCACCUCCUGCUGCUUAUGCACGACUUCAAGAAAAAACUGACCUUAAGCUGCCACCUGCAAAUUGGUUGCGUGGAAUUAGUCAGCUUGGACAAACAGGUGCAACCUCUCUUGGUACAAGCAAAAAAAGCAAGCCAUUUUCCAGCUUUGGAAUGGCAUAUGACUUCAUUGACUGCAUCGGUAAUGAUGUUGAUGUUGUGUCUGAUUCAGAGAACAUAAAAAAAUUGCUGAAGAUUCCAUAUAGCAAAUCACAUGUCAGCAUGGGUGUUCAUCGCAUUGGAAGAACUCUCCUGCUUGAUGAAUUGGAUAUUCAGGAACUCUUUGUGACCUCGUCUCAGACAGGGGAUUGGAAUUGGUUAAAAGAAUUAUACCAAAGGCUUGUAGAUCCAAAAUGGCAGAGGAAAAAAAAGAGCAGAGAACAUUUUUAUCAGAAAGCAAUUCUGUCCAAAUUUCUCUACUAUAGCAUCAAUGGGGAUUGUGCAGCAGAAGCAGUUCCAACUCCGAUAGCACAGCCCACUGACACACAGUCCCAGGAAAACCAAAUAGAAGUAGAGGAGUCCUCAUGGCCUGCACCUCUGAGAGCCCCUGCUUCUGUCCCUGAAGAUGAAAAUCCUCAAGAACAGGGGAAUGUUCCUCUGGGAGCCACAUAUGUAUUAGAGCAGGUGGCCUCUACCCCGAAAGAACAAAACCUGACUACUUUUUUGAAUGAAGGGGAAAACAGUCAGGGGCUAAAAAAUGAUUUUGUAAGGAAUAUUCUAUGGACGUUUGAAGACAUUCACAUGCUCGUGGGUUCAAAUAUGCCUAUUUUUGGUGGUGGAAAAUAUCCAGCUGUCAGCUUAAGACUCAGAGAUAGCAACAAACCAAUUAAUAUAUUGACGGGGAUUGAUUAUUGGUUAGAUAAUCUAAUGUGCAAUGUUCCAGAGCUUGUCAUGUGCUUUCACGUUAAUGGGAUUGUACAGCGAUAUGAAAUGAUAAAGACAGAAGACAUCCCCAAUUUGGAUAAUUCCAGCUUCUCCACAAAAGUGGUUAAGGAUAUUGCUCAGAAUAUACUAUCAUUUCUAAAAGCAAAUUGUACUAAAGAAGGACAUACAUAUUGGCUUUUUAAAGCAAGUGGAAGUGAUAUUGUAAAACUCUAUGAUCUGACAACACUUUGUGAAGAAACAACUGAAGACAAAUAUCAAAAUCCUUUCACAAUGCCCGUGGCAGUCUUGCUGUACAAGGUUGCUAGCAACAUGAUGAUGAAGAAAGUUCAGAACAGAAAGCAUUACGGGAUCAUAAGGAUGCUCUUGUUAAAUUGCAUUAAAUUACUGGACAAAGAAAAACAUCCCCAGUUUGUGCAGAUUAUUGCUUCAGCCAAUUAUAUGAUCUCAGAACUUUUCCAACUGAAUGAGCCACCAAAGCAAGAUGAAAAUGGAUCAACCCUGAAUGAAAAUUCUGAUGAUAGUUACAGUGAAGAUGAGGAUCUUCCGGAGGACAGUGAUGAUAAUGGUUCAUUCAGCAAUGGCUCUGAUCCUUCAGAUGAUAGCAAAGCUGUUGCCGUCAUUAGAUCUGUUGGCGAGUUGUCUGUACCUGAAAAGUACAAAUCAACACACCAGAUAAGGUUUUUUUUUGUUUUUAAGCCCAGCUGCGCCUUUCCAGUCUGUCAUGACAUGGAGGAACGUUGUAGAGUUGUUCUCAAUUAUGUUCUCGAGGGACUGAAGGCUGUUGAUGGGAGUAUUAAAAAGGAGAGUGAUCUUCCAGCUGCUGAUCCAAGUAUUCCAAUCCCUCUGAAGUAUGCAGAUGAAUCAGAAUGCACGGGUCACAAAGCUCUUAAGAAACAAAUUGCUCUGUUUUUAGAUAAAGUGGGUCCAGUUCAUGAUACAGUUAACCUUCCCAGUCAAUCUGGAAUGAUACCAAACACGUGGCAAUAUCAAAUGAAAUUGAAUCUGAUCUUCAAAGCUUCAAGAGCUUAUUUUAUUCUUUCAGAGGCAGCUACUGCUCUGCAAAAAUAUGGUAGAGCUUUGAGAUACAUUAAACUUGCUUUACAAUCUCUAGAUGCCUAUUGCUGCCUUAUUAAUAAUUUGUCACCCGAGGUCUUAUUUUUUCUCAGUCAGUGCUUGACACUUAAUGGUGACAUUCAGUUAAUGUUAGCACAAAAUGCAAGUAAUAGAGCAGCUUAUCAGGAGGAAUAUAGCUACCAAUCCAGAGAGGAUCAAGAAAUCUUACAUAGUCUCUACAGAGAAUCAAGUUGCCAAGCUUUCAGCUGGGCUACAGAGCUUUAUAUGGAUCUGGAAUACCAACUUUCAGUUAGCUGCAAAUGCUAUGAGGCAGCAAAUGAGCUGCUGCAUUCCUGUGAUCAGAAAGUUCAUGUUGUGGAGCAACAUACACAAGUGCUAAAAAGAUUAGGCAAUAGCAGAAAUGAGGUUGGAGUUUUCUAUAUGAAUCAGGCUGCUGCUAUUCAAACAGAGGGAACAGCAAGCAAAGGCAUCACAGCAUUAGAACAAGAACUUUGGAAGAAAAGUUUUUCCUAUUUUGAAAAGGGAAUUCAAGAUUUUGAGACCAUAGAGGAUGCAACCAAUACUGCCUUAUUACUUUGCAACACUGGUAGAUUGAUGAGACUUUGCGCGCAGGCACACGCUACUACUGGAAGCAAUAUGAAACGAGGAGAAUUUUCACCUGAGGAAGCCUUGUAUUAUAACAAGGCUGUGGAUUAUUAUCUAAGAGCAAUGCGAUCACUCACUAAAUGGGAGAAACAUCCAGCUGUUUGGGAUUCAGUGAAAUGGGAGCUGUCAACAACCUAUUUUACAAUGGCAACACUAGAACAAGAUUACGCUCCACUGUCGAGAAAAGCUCAGGAACAGAUUGAGAGGGAAGUCACCGAUUUCAUGAUGAAAUCUCUUAAAUACUGUGAUAUACAUACAGAAUCUGCAAGACAACCUUUGUGUCAAUAUCGGGCUGCAACUAUUCAUCAUAGACUUGCUUCCAUGUACCAUAAUUCCCUUAGAAACCAGGUUGGUGAUGAUCACUUCCGCAAGCAGUACCGUAGUUUGGCUGAUCUCCAUUACAACAAGGCUGUAAAAUUGUUUCAGUUGCUGAAAGAUGCACCUUGUGAGCUUCUGCGAGUUCAAUUGGAGCGAGUUGCAUUUUCAGAGUUUCAGAUGACAAAUCAGAAUAGCAAUGCAUCAAAGUUGAAAACACUUUCAGGAGCAUUGGAUAUAAUCAUUAAUUCAGAAUAUCCAUUUCAAUUGAUCCAAAGUGAACUUUCUUGUGAUCAAGCACGGCAAGGUGGUUGCCAUGAAAAUCAGGAGGGAAAUGCCUCUGAAAAUGAUUCCUCCAGCCUUAACGAAGAAGAGAUUCUGAAACUUGUCAACAUGUUUGAAACUCGGCUCUCCUUUCUUUUGUUUCAACUUAUCAAAUUGCUAACUUCAAAAAGAAAAAGCAGUGGAACUAUUGAUGAUCAAAUAACAUUGAAAAACUACAAACAUGCUUAUUCAACACUACUGCGGGCAACAGCAGAUAAAGACACCACCUUACUACAGAGAGUGGAAAUGAUACUGAGUUUAUUAAAACAAUUAUCAUCUCGUUAAUGACACAAGAUUUUCUCUGACGGUUACCAUAUUGACAGCACCAUUAUAAUGUUUAUCUUUGCUGACAAGACUUUAUUUGAACAGUCAGUAAUGCAACCUGUUCAAAGAUAGUGCAGCGACUUUCCAAGAGCCUCUUUGAUCUAUGGAGGUAUAAUCAUAUGGUGUUACUAGUCUGGAUGGUACCUCAGCAACAGAUAAGUAUCACCAAUUUAAAGCUAAUUAUUUGAAGCAAUACUUUAAUUUACCAUUAGACAUUGCAAUGAAAUUGUCAGAACCUGGGACUUGGUCUGCAUGAGUAACCUAGUUUUGGGCAAAUUGGUAGUUAUGGUGCUACAGUUAGCCAUGCCAUUCCUGAAUUAAGGAAUGUGGUGAAAUGAUUCAUGUUCCCUGCUGCUGAUGGUUUUUCAUGUCAGGUGAAUGCAGGACUAGGUCUGACAAUGGUAUCUUCACCUUUCAAUAGUUGUUUGAAACUUCUACCUCAAACUUGUCACAUAUGAAGAAUGUCUAUGGCGAGAAACUGAGUUCAAUAUCCCAGCAUGUCGCAAAAAAGGAGGAAAAUGGUAACAAAAGCAAUUUAAGAGCUUAAUUAUAAUAUUGCUUUUUUAAUUGUAAUUAUUUCCAAUGUGUAUGCAAAUUGCAUUUCAAAAUGUGUCGGUGAAUUACUGUAUGAAAUGUAAAUCUUGUAACUAGAGGCAACAUGAAUGAAGCUCUCUAAAUUGUGUAGAACAAACAAGGUACCAUAAUAAAACUAUGCCCACAAAAUCAACUUGCAAGACAAUCUACAGUGUCGUAAAUGACAUUUGGAAUAUUUUGCAAUUUACUUAACAGAAUAUAAUAUGUGAAUAUUAAACAGCAUUUGCCCAUGAUAAUAGAAAAUAUUUGCAAAGUAAGCAAAAUGUUACGAUUUCAUUUCAAAAUGAAGACAGUAAGCUAGACCUGUGGAAACUUCUUAUCUUGAUCAGCUCUUGGGCAUAAAGUUGUUUUUUUUCUUUCUUAGAACAUGUGUGUUUCAGGCAGGAUUUAUUCCCUAGCCUUAUUUAACUUGAGAAGUGCAGGUCUUUCUAUUUUAUAUGUGCUGAAACAGCUCCCACUAUUACCUUAGCUAGGACUUUGAACCAGCAACAAGUGAAUAGUAAUAUAUGUCUAAGCUAAUAAGUGUUAGGAUUCUUGAAGGUGAUGCUUUCCAGUCAGUUAUUAAAUAAAGUAAUGAGUUUUAGAAGUUAUCAAAGGAACAUUUAGAUUUUCUGCAGACCAUUAUGUAUUUGGUGCACAUUGUGUACCAGAAGUAGAGAGGUAUAUUUUAAGCAUGAAUGAAUUUGUGCAUAUUUUAAGCUGAUUUUGCUGUGGGCAGUUGCUAUUUUUUUUGCAACUGAACCCAUCCUGACAAAUGGGUGUGCUCUAUCACAUUCCUAACUUCUGCUCUGCUCCCAUAAUGCAUUCUGGGUGACAAGGAGGCUCUUGUUGCAAAACACCCAGCCUUUAUCUGAUUUAGUAGUUAUGGUACUACUGAGGCUAGUCCAGUAAAGUUUGUGUCAGUUGGUGAAUUUAAAGUGCAGGGCAGUAAAGUGGAGGGGGCAGUUGGGCUAAUCUUUACUAGAAUAGUGCUUGCCCAUCAAUGUUACUUGCCACUUAAUCAGAACCUGGAUGAUAUGUUCUACGCAGAUAGCUUCAUUAUUGAUAUUGAAGCAGUCUUCUGGUAAUGGUGAAUGAUGGAUAUAAUGAUACUCUCCAUGUCCAUGGUUCUCAUAAUUAUCACCUUUAUUAACUUUUUGGAAAAAAGCCCUGCAGCUAAUGCAUUCAAUCAGUUCAGAAAAGAUUUUUAAAAUUGCUUAGCUUUACAAGUUUGAAUUGAUAUUAACAGUUCCAAGGGAAUACUUUGUUAGCUGUAAAGCACUUUGGGGUGUUCUAUCAUUCUGAAAAGUGCUAUUUAGAAGUAAUCUUUUGUGUGUUUGCACAUAAUAUCCUUGUGUUGUUCAACAUGUUAAAUCUGCAGUUUCAUAAUAAGCAUAAUUGUUUUUAAUAAAGAGAAUUCAACAGUAUAAACUUGAGAUUUUCAAGAUUUACAAUGUGCAUCUUGUAUAAUACUGGAUUUUUGUUAUCAAGUUGUAAAGUUUGUAACUAACUGUAGAUAAUUUGAAACAAUGUGCAAUGUUCUCCAAUGGGCAGAUUUGAAUGCAAAAUUUGUAAAUCGGGUCAAUAUUUAUACUGUAACUUUAAUGUAUGAUUUGAAUGCAUAACAAGCACGUUUUUGUAACUUGGAAUGAGUGACUGUCUUCUAAUUGGUAUGCCGAAGAAAAUUGUGUUACUUCAUUCAUAGUUUUAUUUCCUUGUCUUUAUGACCUAUUGUUUCUUUUGUGGUUUGGAUGAGAGAAUUUUAUUUAGGGAGAAGAGUCUUUGUGAAUCCAUCCUGAGAUUUCAGGUGGUUUGGAAAAAGUGUUAAGUAGAUGGAGCUCAAAGAGGGAACAUUUCAGAACUAAUAGAAGUUGAGUGGAAAAGCUUACGAUAAUUUUUUUUCAAGAUUGGAAACUUGAAUUCUAUCAACUUUUAUAAUUAGGAGUCUGGUUUCAUAAAACCCAGAGGGCUUUGUGGCAUUUAAAUACUCAGAAAUGUAUUAUAUUUUGGAAAAACGUUCACUCCGCUACCAAUAGGUAAAAAUGUGUGACAUUUUAAAAUAAAAUUUAAUA